CCAUGGACGCGCUUAAAAAGACAAGAAAAAAAGUGAAAAUCGCGAAAAGCCAAAACGCUGCAGAGACGCUGGAGGCCAAAACGAAAUCAUGCGGCUGGCGAGGGCCUCCAACUAAUGACAAUAAGGCGCGAACUGGGAAAAUCCCCUUACCGACCCAACAAACCACCCACCCAAUAUCACGCAUACGCCGCCUUGCCUCGGGGCCCUAACAAAAAUAUCACGCAUACGCCGUGUUGCAGCAGCGAAAUCAAAACAUAAACCCAAAUCCAGUGACUGCAUCGGGUUUUCCUGAGCGCGUGACCAAAACAGAGAGAAAGAGAGAGCGCAGAGAGAGAAACCCUCUCUCUCACUCACGAAGGAGUUUCCCCAUCAUCAUCAUCAUCACCACGAUGAACAUAAAUGCGACGUCGUGUGCUAGUUGGAAAUUGCAUUUUCCUUCAGUUCUGUUUCAGUUUCGAGUCCGUGCAGUCGUGUUGGCCGGAGUGAAAAGCGCCGAGGAAAAUUUGCAAAAAACAAAAAAAAGAACACAAACAGAGGAAAUAGAAAUAGAGAAAAGUAAAUAAGCAAACAAGUGCAGUUUUGUUGGAAGAGUGUGUGCGGAAAGGGAGAUUAAUCCCUCAGAACUAGCAUAGAUACCUACAUUUUUGGUGCGCCAAAACACGGUGUGUUGAAAGUCCUGAAAAAGUAGAGAAACACUGAAACAAUCGCAAGCAUGUCGACGCUGCCCUUUCUCCUGAGCGUCGCCGACGAGCUGGACAACAUACACUCGCAGUCCUACAUGGACGACUUUGGCCUGGGCUUCCACCCGCACCGCCAGUACUAUCGCACACCCACUAUCCAGCUUUCCCUGCCCGCCAGCACGGACUGGACGGGAUCGGGAUCGGGUCGGGACUGGUCCCAGGCAGCGGGCAACAGGCACACUCGCUAUCGCAGCUAUAAGUUCUACGACGACUCGCAGAACAAUCUGGAGGAGGAGGAGCCACCGGCGGAGGAGCACCUGCCCAUAGAGCAGGUGGCGCUGGCACAGCAGUUGGUGCAGCAGGGUAACCAGACGUCAUCCGUGGAGGCCCAGCCGUCGAGUGCAACCACCACUGCCGACGCCACUGCCGCCGCCACCACUAAUCGCAAGGGCCUGGGCAUGGUCAACUCCCACUCGCAUGAUGUGGGCGUGGGCGGUAUGGGCCUGAAUUUGAAGGCCGCCGAGGAGGAGGAUGAUGAGAACAUCGAUCACACGGUGCGCAUGUACAAUUUGUCCAAGAAAUGCUGCAAGAACUACUAUCGUCAUGCCCUGGAGACCGGACCCGGCGCCAGUGGCAAGGCAAAGUGUAGCAACCUGCGCUCCGAGAGCCACAAGUCUAGCUCCAGUUCGGAGGAGAGCCUCCAGAAGAUACCCUCGCCCAUUGAGUUCCUCACCUGUUUCCUGGUGAAGAAGUCUCGCACCCCGAAGGCCAGUGCCCCGGUGGGCCAGCCCCUCAAGAAGACAUAGAACACGGCCCGGCUGCUGCCAGCAGCGAUGUCCGCCAGGACCUCCACCAUCAGCUCCACGGCCACCGGUGGAUCUGUGACCCAUGCGACCACGGACACGGACACCACGACCUCAAAGCGGCGCAGCAACUGCUUCUGAAUGUUGGCCGGAGUCGGAGUGGUGUGUGGCCAGGCCUGGAGUUGGCUUCAGAGGUGCGGUGAGCUGCCCAGCUCGGAGCCCGCAUCGUUGCCAUCCACGCGCCUGGGCAGGAUCGCCUACUAGGCCCACUCGACCGACUCCGAUACGCAGUCAGGGGUUCACACAUGGGGUAUUCAACUGAGUGCUAGCGCUAGGUAUAUGAUUUCGCACUGGGGUUACCUCUGGCUUGAAUAUUGAGAUUUUUGGAACGAUUAAGGAUUUCGGUUUGCACUUGGUAGCAAAAAAAAGGGGGAAUUCGUCGAAUAGGGUUUUCUUUUUGGAACUAUUCUUUUUAUACUUUAAUUCUUAGAAUCCCUAAACAUGACCUCAGAUUAAGUUUCCUUUGCAUUUUAAAUAAGUUUCAGAUAAAGUGAUAUCCGUAAACCAAUUUGAAUUACGCUUCUUCUACCCAAUAGUAAAAAUAUAAUACGCAGUUAUGUUAAAAGCAUUAGUUCAAGCAUAAAUACUCCAUUCAAAAUAAAACGCCAAAAUCUAAUGCAUUAGGUACGGACGCGGAAAGCUAGGAUUUUGGUCUUUUUAAAAGAGUAGGUAAAGGUUUUAUAUUAAUCUUCUUAAAUUUUAAUUAAGUAGUUUAAUAAAAUAUUUUUUUACAUUUAUGCUCAGUAACAUUUUUAAGAAUUUAUGAUAGCUAUUUUGUCACUUCAUUAAUGACCUGGUACUCAGAAAAUUUCUUAUUUAACAAAUAUUUUUUUUUUGGUUUCACAGUGCAAACAUUACGUAACCACAUUUUGCAAGCAACUACAGGCCAAAAGCAAAGCGAUGCUUAAAUCCAAAAAUAUUAUAAGCGGAUAAGUGUAUUCAAAAUAUAGAACUUAAAUAAAGAAAAACUAUUCAACAAACACCGAAAAAAUUUUGCAAAACCAAAUACACACAAUUUUUAAAGCCAGAUUUUUACCAAAAUAAGAAGAUACCAAGAAUUUGUUAAGCAACAAUUUUUUAUACAAUUUUUUGAUACCAAACAAAAGAUAUAAAUUAUAUAUGGAUGUUAUAUUACUACUGGGAAAGUUUGAUUAAAUCAAGGAAAGGAAUUUUGAGCUGAACUAAAACCUUGUGGGCAAUUCUUAUGAUUCCAUUCAUUUAAGGGUCAUUUUUUUUAAAUGGAGUUCAAUACUUUCAGGGAAACUUUUAUAAACACCUAUCUUAUUUUUAUAACGCCAUUUUUUCUGUUACUAGAACGAUUUAAAAGGUAUUGGUUGAGCUUGAAAUUCCUCACAAUUUUAUAAAAGCUGUUAGCUGUUUUAAGCCAAACAAUCUGCGGGCUAAUUUAAUAGGUCUUCUGACACUCACACAAAAACACAAAAAUAAACCAAUAGUAAUGUUUCAUUUUCUCACAAACACAGGAAAGUUUUGUUUUCUCCUAUUUUUCCCAGCUAACAGAAAAUGUUAGCAAAAAAUAAAAGGAAAAUUUUCAGUAAGCUGGGGAAACUUUUCACAAUGUCGGCAAGUGUUUGUGCUAAAAGGGUGGGAGGUGGGUGUUGUGGGCCGUAUGAAAAGUGAAACAUGUUUUCAAUUUCCUUUUUUCGGGGACUGUAAACAAGUCAAUAGCAAACUACGGCUAAGGACAAACACACAGAAGACCUUGGUCCCAAUUUCAAAUUAGCAAAAAAGCAAAACAGAAACGCAAAAAAGAUUUUGUAGCAGAAUUGCAAACGAAAAAGUUUGGAGAGGCUUGUGUCUAGUUAAAUGCUGGAACAGAGAAAUAACAGAAUAAAUAUAUAUUUAUAGUUUUGUAGUCAGAUAUUCUCUUGCGUGUUCUAAAUGUAUUCUAAAUGUUGAAAAUAAAAUAUUUCAAAUGUAUUUACAACUUAUCAAGAUGAACAUUUUAUAUAUAUAUGUUUAGUAUAUGUAGUCACACUGUUUGCACUUUUCAGAGUUUAGAAUCAAAACAUUAAAGAAAAGUACGAUAAAUAUAUGUAUAUCGCAAAACUCAUAGCUUUACCGCAACACAAAAUAUAAAGUCAAAAGUCAGCAUCAUAACUCUCUGAUAAAUGCAAUACCUAAGAGCUCCAAACCGAAAUUACAAAAAUGUCACAAGAAAAAUGUUUAUAAAAACUACCUAGCUACAGUUUGGACAUAUGCUCUUGAAACACUUUUAUCUAGAUGGAAAAGCAUUUUAACAAAGUCCAACUUCGGCAUCACUCAUCUAACAAUUAUACCCAAAGUAAUUAAGACGUUCCUUAGAACAUGAUCAUUGCAUUGCAAAAGAAAAUUGUCGUAACUACAUAUUUUAUCAACGAACAAAACACUCAACGCAUAUCAUUCCGAUACAAUAGAUUUCAGCAAAAUCGUAUUCAACUUG